AUGGAUGUAGAAAAAAAUCAAAAUCCAUUCAAUAGAAAACCAGGCGGCAAAUUGGAGAGGACACCACCAACAAACAAAAUAAAAUCUCUUAAUGAAGCUUCUAGCGAAUCAGUUCAAAAGGGUAUCAAAAGACAAUCUGAGGAAGCCCUUACUAGCUCAAAUGAAAAUAUGUUUGACAAGCUUAUGAACAGGUUUAAUGCACUUUCGAAUGAUAUGAAAACAAUGGAGAAUAACGUUGGGAGGAAGCUCGAUGAGAAGUUCGAAGGACUGCAAACAUUCAUAGACAAGACUGAGGAGAGACUAGGAGAAAUUGAAGGCAAAGUCAAAUUGUAUGACGUACAGGUUGAUCAAAAUACCAAGGCUAUCAACCACUUAAAUCAGAAGGAACUGCAGAAUAAAAUUGACAUCAUGGGAGCAGUAUGGCCAGAGGCAUUAGAGAAAAAUCAAAUAAAGAUUGAAAUUAGUGGAAGUUCAUCAUAUACGUCACCGAACCACUGCAAAGUCCUAGAUAAGUAG